AUGGAAACCAGUCCUGAUUCCGUCCCAAUACCCCUGACUACCCAGGUUCAAACUUUCAAAAACAAUGCAAAAUUGGUCUCAAAGGCACUCAAAGAUUUCCUGAACUACAGCAAAAAUCUCCAUAAAGACCACUCAGAUUUGGAAAUUCUUCAUAAAGAUUGGCUUGGCCAACUGAAUUCUUUAAAGCUGAAGGCUUAUAAUGCUGAAGAGGAUGGAGACCUUCAGCAGUUUGAGGAUUUACAAGAAAAGAUUGACCAGCUGAGGCAGCUAAUGGAGAAAGAGAGGAGGUUUGGCGCUUUUAUGAGGAAGGUUUAUUGGGAGAAACUUGAAGAGAGAGUUGUAGGUGAAAGUGGAUCUGAAGAGAAGAGGGAGAUGACUGAAGAGAGGAAGGACAGCCUUAUUCACGAGCAAGCUGAAGAGAUUAGAGAAUUGAAAGAGCUGCUAAAAACUCAGAGAGUUGCUUCUCAAGUGAUUAGUAAAGAUGCUGAACAGAAAGUUUUAGGGAAAUCUAGCCAAUUGAAAAGUGAUGUAGAGGAUAAGAAAUCUGAGGUUGUGCAAGGUGAAUUAAAUACCAAUGAACUUUUAACCAACAAAAACGAAACAGAUGCUCAAAUAAAUAUAAGCAAAGAAGAGGAUAAAUCUAUUGAGCCAUUUUCCUCAGUUAGAUCUGCAAUCUCUGAUGAAGCGAAAGAGGAGGAAAAAGAAGUCCUCAUAGACAAAAAACCUGAUAUUCCCAAGAAGGAUGUUAAUCUACACUUAGAUAUUUCUGAGGAUAUAGAAAUGGUUAAAGGCCUGACAAAAAGAUUUUCUGAGCUAGGACAAUUGAAAAUCCAUCAUAUUCCAGCCCGUAGUAAAGAGGCAAAAGAGCUCCUGGACAAGUAUUUUCCACUCAAAGUCAACAAAUUUUCAUUCAACGAAAAUUCUGCACUGAGCAAAAUAGAUUUUUACUCUGCUUCUUUACUCUCUAAUGCAGCAUGAGUAACAGGGAGUGUUCAUCUUUGUAACUUUAAAAUCUCUCAAACCCAAAUGAUUUCCAUUCUCCCUGCUUUCAAGAAGGUGAACUACUUAGCGCUCUCCUCUUGCGUGCUAGCCAUUCUAUCGGUGCCUGCUUUUGGGGCUUCCAUGAAAGGCUGCACGAUUAGAGCCCUUGAUUUGAACCAUUCUGGAGAUAAAGCUCAUGGAAAAUGGAGCAAGGACAACUCUUCCUUUGUCAAUUUAAUGACUGGCUUAGGCAAGGUCAAGUCUGUUAAAGAAAACUUGAAAAUGCUGUUGAUGCUUGACUGUGGAAUCGACACAAAUGUAGUCAAGAGGAUCAUGACCAGAUGUGGAUUCAACCUAUUUCGUGUUACCGCUGAUUAAUUGUGAAGAAGUUGUGCUUUUGGGACAGGGAAUUAUCUUAAGUGU